AUGAAUGACUUUUUUAAUUUAGCCGUAAAAAAAGCUCCAAUGUUAAUUUCUACAACGAUAAAUCAUUAUCGCAAGGGCCCACCUCAACCUUCAUGGGAUUUAAAAUUUCAUUUAGUUUUUGCCUUGAUUAAAUCAAACAUCGGUGAUUUCACUAAUCAAACAAUUGAGCAGGCACAACAAGACUCUAAACGUCACGCUCCUUUAUUACCCGAUACAAUUACAAAUGAGUCCAAG